AGAACCUUUCAGUAACAUUCCAGUAAUCGCGCAACCUGUUCUGGCUGUUAUCCUUCGUAAUUAUGAUCUUUCUUCCAACAUUCCUCACAUUCAUCGUGGUCCUCGAAUUAUCGGUAUGCGAAGACGGAUUUAAGACAAAAACGCACUCUAGCAAUGGAAUACCAAAAAGUGAUUGUAUAUGUACCGUCGAAUACUUUCCAGUCUGUGGAUCAAACGGAAAUACUUACGGAAACAUCUGCGAAUUUAAAUGUGCACAGAAGGUUCAAAGAGGAUUGAAAAUUGUAAGACACGGCGAAUGCUACAACCUAAAAAACCAGGCUCAAAGGUUUCAGGUAUAUUGCCCAUGCACAAAGGAAUAUAGACCGAUUUGUGGAUCCGAUGGUAAGACGUACGGAAACCUUUGUAUGUUCCACUGUGCCCAACGUGAGAAUAACUCUCUGACAAUAGCUCAUACAGGACGAUGUAAGCGGAAUGUGUUGUUCCAGAUCGUGUCGAAGAAUUUGAAAAAAAAAAUGAAGACUAAAAAUAAUCUAUUAUUAUCGAUCGCAAUAAUCAUUAUUGUGAUAUCUUUCGUUGCUGGAAAUGUCGAGAAAUGGCAUGACGAGUCGAAUAAGCCGUUGUACAAACUGAUAGCGAAACGACAAAGUUCCAACGUCUGUGCUUGCAACCUUUUAUUCCGGCCCGUUUGUGGUUCUGAUGGCAAAACGUACAGUAACCCGUGCCAGUUAAAUUGUGCCAAGAAACGCAACACCGGAUUGCGCAAGGUAAAAAAUCUACUGAAUUUAUUACAAAAGUAUAAAUUAAUAAUAAUUAAAAUAGUACUUUAUUUCAAAUCAGAUUAUUUUUUACGACAUUUUCCCGCAAGUAGAUGCUGCAUGGGAAAUAUGCAGGAGGCCGUUGAAGAUAAAAAGAAGAUAACUAUGAAGAGCAUAUUUUACUUAAGUGUUUUUUUAUUGAUCAUAUCGAUCAUAAAAGCCGAACCAUUGCAGGGAGAAAAAGUCGUCCAGAACAUUUCUACUCAGAAAAAUGAUAGCCAGGAAGUAAAAGCUCUAGCGGCCGAUCUGGUUUUGCAAAAGUUACUGAAAAUCACAGGUACCUGCACGAAUUCGUGCUCAAAAUUGAAAAGGCUUGUCUGCGGAACGGACGGAGUCACGUAUUUCAACCCGUGCCAGCUUAAAUGCGCCCAGAAAGUAAACCCUCACUUGAAAAUGGCUCAUCCAGGACCAUGCUAGCAAGGACCAAAAAA